AAGAUAUCAUUGAAAGAAAUAUUAAUUGUGAAGCACUAUUUUCAUAAAAAUAUUAAUUAUAUAAUUUAUUACAACAUGGUAACUUCAAUGGGAUCUAUAUGCAGCACUCUUGGUAUCGAUAGAGUGGACAUGCUUGGAAGAAUAAUUUUAAUUGAAGAGCAACAUGGCUGUGAUGCUAAUUUCUUAACAAAUGCAGUUAUUUCUAAUGCAUUGGAAAAAGACUAUGGAAUUUGUUUUGUACUUUUUCAUAAUACAUUUAAUCAUUAUCACAACGUGGGUAUGAGAAGUGGUUAUAAUUUAAUGACGUUAAAGGAAAAGGGUAAAGUAACUUUUGUUGAACCCAUGAAAGAAUUAAUGCAUAAUGUAAAUGAGAUAUGCAUGGAUACUGACAUUAUGGAUGUUGGUAAUAGAAUUCUCUCUGAUUUAAAUAAUACAGAUAAAACUGUGGUUGAUAACAUGUUUAAACUUUUAAAAAAUAGCUAUAAGGAAAUGACAAGUCAAAAUGAAAAAGUUUUAAUAAUUAUAGAAGAUAUUUCUCAUUUGUCCGAUUUAGGAUUAAGUUUUAGAGACUCUAUGCACUACGUAAAGUGUAUAAGAUCACUUAUGGAAUCUUAUCCAAUGACACAGUUGUGUAUUACAGUACAUACAUAUCAAAAUAAUGUACAAAGUUCUAUUCCCGAUUUUAUUAGUAAUAAUUUGAAAUAUAUAGCAGAUCUUGUUCUAAUAGCAGAACCAUUAACAACUGGUCAUUCGAGUGAUGCUUCUGGGAAAGUAACAGUUAAUUGGAACAUAGAUUCUGUAAGAAUAGAAUAUCAUUGGACAGAAAAAAUGAUAUAUUUAUAUAAAUUACUAGAUUGGCAUGUAAAAAUAUUUGCUCCCGGUGCAACAACAAUAUCUGUAACAUAAAAGAUUUUUUAAUAAAAAUAUUCAUGAGUAAAA